CAGGGAUGUCUGCUGGUGGCGGACUCUGUUUAGUUGCUGGAGUAUAAAAAUGGGCUCGUUUGUGGACUUUCUGGGUCGUAAUAUCUGGGUACGUAAGUGGAAAUAUGCUUAAAGUGCGUUGUUAAAACUCACGUCUCUGCUAAAACAUUUUGCCCUUAAAAUUCUGGCAUAAUAUUUUUUGCGGCUUUAAACUACAGAAUACAGGCAAAUUUUCUCGGUAUAUUCGGGCCAAGUCGUACUAGAGGGCAAUUUUGGAUUUCUUCUGGACAAAUCCGACUUGAAACCAGCCAGUGGCAAAACAUUUGUCCGGAAAUCUACAGUCGCACUUAAGAACAAAAUCUGUGAACAAAACACAACACCAUGCUGUGAGCGCGUUGUGAUUUCCCACGAUUUCCCACGAAGCUGCCUUUACUUGCUGUUUACAUCCACAAAACUGCGACACGAGGGAUAAAAAAAAAUGUUACCACGAAGAAUUCUCGCAGUGAUUGUUUUCUACUUUUUUCUGGUUCUUAAGUAGCAGGUAAAUAUCAAUUUAAUGAUAUGCUGACUGUUAUUUAUGCAGAAUUUACAAACACAAAACUUGCUAUUGACACGACGUAUUCGCUGUCGACAAAAUCGUUAUCGAAGAUGAGCUCCAUAUUAUUGGACUCUUCCUUGUCCAGUCGAAUCGUGGUUUGAGAUCCAUUACACUGAUCGGACAAUACCAGGGGACUACCUUCGAAGGCUUUUACGAAUCAACAGAGAAAACUUUGAUUUGUUGCUCAACGUAAUUCACAACCGGCUGACAAGACAGCAUACAAUACUGUGAAAUUGUCUCACUCCGGAAAAGGUUCUUGCUUGUGGUUCACUUCGCCUUGCACAUGGAAAUUUGUACGACACAAUAGGACCUGCGCUAAAGUCGGUAGCACUACAGCAAUAGAGGCUUGUCAAGAUGUUGUUGAGGCUCUUUACGAAUUGAGGAGCGAGUACAUCAAAUUCCCAACAACAGUAGCUGAGACAAUGAGGUGUAUAGAGACAUUUACGGACAAAUCACGACUUCCAAACAUUGUUGAAGCCAUAGAUGAGACCCAUAUCAAAAUAAUUUCUCCUAGAGACAGUGCUGUUGAUUACUUUAGUCGAAAUCAGCAACAUGAUUCAAGCUGUUGCUGACGGUAAGGGAUUAUUCCUUGACUUUGGUGAAGGUUAUCCAGGAAGUCUUCACGAUGCUAGGGUAUAUCAAAACAGCUCCCUUUAUCAAAGAGCAAGCAACAAAGAUAUACUCAGAGAGCCCGUUGAAAGAAUCGGUAUUACAGAUAUUCACCCUUACCUGGUAGGAGACAGCACAUACCGUAUUUCCCCAUGGCUUAUGAAGCCUUAUCCUGAAGCCACGCAUGACCCUGGCGAGAUAACUUUUAAAAAGGAACUGUCAUCUGCACGAGUAGCCAUCGAGUGCACUUUUGGCUGCCUCAAAAGUCGUUGGCAAAUUUUACAAAAGCAGUUGGAUAGCAGAAUAACUUUGGUGGUGAAGAUUUCCAUUGCUUGUGCAGUGCUGCAUAACUUUCGCAUUAAAGUUGGGGACGAAUGGGAGGAUGAUUUCUACGACUACGAUGAUGACUGUGGAAACAAACAGAACAAUGACUUCAUGCAGGACGGGAAAGAUAUAAGAGAGUUGCUAAAAGACAGUCUGAUUUUUUUUUAAAAACUGAGUAUUUUCUGUCUUCACAAUAAAAAAAUCAGUUAAAACUACUUUCAUUUGUUUCCAUGAUUUCAUUUCCUCUAUUUGUAACAUAAACAAUAAACAUGAUAAUGGUUGUCUCUCAAUAGUCAAAAAUAGUGUUGAAUUAAAGUUCAUUUAUCAUUCUGUUCGUUGUCAAGGAUUUUCACAAUUGAUCCCAUAAACUGGCUCAUCAUGGCAAGCUGCUGAGUGUGUGUUUGUUGCAAAGAAUCCAAGAAGGUUGCUACUUUCUCUUCCUGCUGCUUCACAUCCUUUAGAGCCUCAUCGUCGCUCUCUUUAUCAGGUGCUUUGCGUUUCAAAGCUUGUUUCCCUCUUUCGAUGCUCAUCUCCUUUCAGCUGGAGUUUCUGGCACGCUGGGGCUGGAUGAAGUACUAAUCUUGCCAUUAGUAUCACUAGAUCCUGCAUUAAUUUUGGUGGCAUUUUGCCCCUGAUUCCCGCCUCAGCUACAUGAUCGAAGGUUACUACGUCGCGGCAUUUGAGGAUUUUAUCGACCUCGUCAUAGUACACGGAUUUCCUAAGGCUUCCGCCCGUUUGAUUUUUGUUCCAGUCUUUAGUGUUCUUAUAUUGUUCAAUGAUGUACUUUAUUUUCCAAAUCUUCUUGGCGAUCUGAGCCCACGUUUUCCUUGACUCUCGCCUUUCUAACUGAUCAUGCUUUUCAGCCCAUAGUGCAACUAAAUGCUUCUCCUCUUCUUUACUCCAUCUUUCCUGAGCCUUCUUGUUCUCAGCUGAUGAAGAUGCAUGGCGCGAAGAAGAUGGGGUUGAUGCCGGCAUUGAGCUAUCUUCAGUGAACUGGAGGGAUUCUGGCAACGAGUCAGUACUCGUGGUCGAAGGAGAUGGGCUAAGAUUUCCUCGAUCAUUAAACAUUUAAGGGCCUGGCAAAGGAUAGAUCCAUCCUGGUGGAUAUUGUGGAUAUUCGUAUGGAAAAAAUUGGUUGUUCGUGCCGGGAUUCAUGUUGUUGUGAAAUGAGAAUGUGAUUAAUUUUACAACAAAGUCUAUAGCAUAGAGACUCUGCUAGAUAUCACCUGCCAAAUCAUUUCCGAAUUAAAACAUUCUGGAUAUUGUUUUCCAAAAUUUGUUUCAAUUUGGCCUGCUCCAGAGGUAGUCGACGGUAUCUUUGAAGUUUGUCCGUCUGCGACCAAAUUUCGUCCUUUGGUGAACAAACUGGUCGCACUUGGUUUUUCAUUGUGAUGACAGAUUUUUGACAUCAAUAAACAGUUUGGUCCUCUAGUGCGACUUGGCCCUUCGUUGGGGCACCGCGAUGAACGAGCCACUGAGCCAUCAAGCCACUAAACUAUAUAACUUCGACUGAAGAGCCACCAAGCCGCCAAGCCACUAAAUUAUAUACCUAUAAUACACACUAAAAUAUAUGCCUUCUCUGUCUGUCUUACACUUAGAUGUCUUAUAUCCUUGUCGUUCUUUAAACACUUGUUAUGACUAGCGAGCCACCGAGCCACUUUUGUAUAAGACCUUAAAAUAUGGCCCUGUAUUCUGUAGUUGUUCCUAACCUUGGAUCAAUGCUUUAGUUAAAUCCAACCAGCCCCCCUCUGGGCUUCUUCAACUCCCUGGCAAGCAUCUUUUUUGGCGCCUUGCAUGAUAGGUGGCAAAUUCCUAGGGACUGGGACACUUGAGCUGCCAAAUGCGCCGUGGUGGGGACAAAAAAGAAGGCAAAUGCCCCUUCCUCAAUCCACACUGUAGCAGUGUUUAUUGGUGGCACAGUCGAACACUGCACAGACGGCCCAAACUCAUUAUAUGAAAAUGGACGUGACUCUUGCUUGCGAGCGGUGUUGUGUUACGAACGGUUAUUUACAAAGGCUUGUAUGGGAUGUAGACGAUUUUUCUUAAAAGAGAUCGGCCUCAGAAUAUCGAACUAGGCUCGUCCAAACUGCGAUGGACUUGUUCACCAAUCACAUAGUAUGUCAGGUAACUAAAAUAAGCCCAGUGAGGGUAGCCAGCGGCCUGCAGUUGACAAACAAACAAACCCAUUAGCCAUGCUGGCUAUCCUCACCAGGCUUAUUUUAGUUAUCCAACAUACUAUGCGAUCGGUGUGAUUUUAUUUAAAAACAUAACAUUUUUUCUCUCUUUUAUGAAAACCCGUUUACAUCCCAUACAAGCCUUUGUAAAUAACCGUUUGUAACACAACACCGCUCCCAGGCAAAAGUGACGUCCGCAUUUAUGUAAUGAGCUUGGGCCGCCUGUGAACACUGUAAAUGAUCUAAUAAACGCCCACUCUCAAAUAAACGCCCCACCCCACCCCCAUCUACACUGUUAAGUUUGUAUUAAACGCCCCUCUCUAAUAAACGUCCCCUCUCUAAUAAACGCUUCCAAAUACUAGGAAAUGGCGAAAUAUAGCAAAAUCAAUCAAUUUAUUAAUUUCAUUGUUUGAUUAACAUCUGUUUGUGUAUUAUGUCAUGUUCAAUUUCAAGUUCAAAGUAAGGAUACAGCGCUCUUUGAUCUUCUUGAUCUCGGUGCUCAAUAUGUUAGCAAUUCUUUUCUUGCCUGUUCGAGCUUGAUAGCAUUCAGGAGUGACAAGACCCACUUCGUGUUUUCGUUUUCCACAAACCCUUGGUCGGUAAGGAAAUUCAAUUCAGAUGCAGCUAGUUUGUUAAAAUAAGUUACGAGAAUAAACUCCUCUCUCAAAUAAACGCCUCCUAUCUAUUACCUCCCCCCCCCCCCCCACCUUGGACUGUACAGUACCGCAAAUGAUCCCGAGACCACAAAUGAUCCCCAAAAUGGACCGCAAAUGAUCCUCGACCGCAAGUGAUCCCUAAAGUUGACCGCAAAUGAUCCCAUGAAAACUUGAGGAAUGGAAUGGAUUUUUAUGGGCCUGAUUACAAAAAAGGACUGAUUAUAAAAAAGAAACCUUUUUCUCUCGCCUUUUAAAGAAAAAGGGAAGGAGGACGCUACAUCUCAGGUCAAUUUAUACAAGGCGAAAAAAAAAAUGGAAUAAAUCUGAAAAGGAAUGGUAUUAACCGUAUACUUCUUCCUUUGUCGAUUGCUUCAUUUUUCUUUCAAGAAUGUUUCGUCUUUUGAAAAAUUUAAGACAGGCAGGACGUUACGCAGAAAAAGCUCUAUUAUUUAUCGCCUAGAAGCUCAACUCUUCUACUGAGGAAUACAAAGCCGGGCACCCUCUACAUAACAAGAGCUUUAUUGACUUUACCGAUCUUUUUGAAAGCGUGAAAUUAAUCAGCCAGAAUAUUUCAUUUGAUUUUUCUCUGAAGUGUUAAUUUUACGUGAUAAACAGCAAGACAUUUGUUCGUAACUUAGGUGCCGGUUACGAAACAAGACAUGAUUUAACAUAAACACAAGUCAAAAUGUCCCCGAACUUAUCAAUGUCCACUGGUUUCGGUUUAUUUCGAAAUAGCAACUUUCUUACAUCUCAUGAACGUGUUGUGAAUAGUUAUAUUAGCGUUUUUAUGUAUAUUCAUUUGUUGUGCUUUGCCGAAGACAGUUACCAGGAAUCUAAACCUGGUAAUGAGAAACGCCAGGUAAGCGGUCUACAGUUAUUGCGUGACAAAACAUCGUAAGAAACCGUCACAUUCACGGACUAAAAGAAAAUCGCUUAUGAUCAUUCGGAUUCAGGAGGUACUUUGGAGAAAAUUAAACAACCUAAAACCCUUGUUUAGCGGCAAUGAAGAGCACUGCAUUUCAAAAGAGGUCAAACGAAAUGCUCUUGCAUCAAAGGGCAAAUCAUGCCGACCAGAAACAACAGUAACCACAGAAAAUGCGUGUCAUGACCUAUCAGUAUGAAAUAAGCGGCAAAAAUCACAUUUGUUCAGUCAGAACGUUUUCUUCAGAGGUAUAAUCUACCCGCCAGAGCCAGAAAAAAGUCAUUGGAAUAAGCAGCAUUUUAGCAUGAGGUAAAAGUCGUGUGUUGCCUACCGACUUCCUUUUUACUCUUGAAUGAUUUUUUUAUUUAGUUUUCAUUCAUAUAUUUAUUUGAGAAGUAAAAUUUAGCUUUUAAUCUGACUUAUUGUUAUAACAAUAAAAUCGACACGAUGAUCGGCUAACUUGAGUCCACGUCAUUCCUAUUUUUCUUUCGGGAUCAUUUGCAGUCGACUUUAGGGAUCACUUGUGGUCGAGGAUCAUUUGCGGUCCAUUUUGGGGAUCAUUUGCGGUCUCAGGAUCAUUAUUGCGGUUGGGGAUCAUUUGCGGUACUGUACAGGACCCCUCAAAUUAAAUAAACGCCCGGUUAUUAGAUCAUUUACAGUAGUGCCACUUUAAGCAUUUUUUAAAGUGAAAUUUUUCGUUUCAGGUUAGUGUGUGCCUUUGUAAUAACGCUAUUCUUAUUAAGCUGUGACAAAACCAUUUAUGAUUCUUAUUUUAUCAUUGUUAUUUAUGUUGGUAUAAAAAGUUUGUAGGCAAAGAAAAGUGCCGUAAAAUAUUAAAUCAAUAAUAGUGUGUAAAGCUAUCUGUUCUGAAUGGUUUAAUAAUUUGAAAGGAAGUUCUUCAUAUUAUAGAUUGAUCAUACAUGAUCAUAGAAGGAUUAAAAUCAUUACCCCUAAAUUUUAUUCAAAUCCUAGAUCAAAAGAAAAAACGUCCAUUGACAUAAUUAUGUUGAUUGCUCCCGAUUUCCAAAUCUGCUUGUGUUUCCAGUCCUCCAUGUUUAGUGUUAUUAGGAUAGGAAACCAUGUGCAUGUCAAAAGCUCGGGCGUGGGGGAUACAUGUAGUGAAAUGCCCGACCCCCAGGCCAUGCAAAAUUUGCUAAUGCCUAACCCCCGGUACUGACAAGGAAGGCAAAUGCCACUGGGCUGGGCACAGUUGGAUUUGAUGGAUGUAUAAAUUAUUUGAUCUGGUCUGAGUUUUGAACCUGCCUUCACAUUUAUUACUGGUAAACUUGAGAAUAUUAUAAUUAGGUUGAAAACAAUGGUUAAAAAGCCUAAUGAAGCUGUUAAGCUUGUAUUAGCUUGUUUAAUUACAAAUUAAGAUUAUGGUUCAAGUUGGUACAUUAAUUGCAUGAGAUGUCAGCAAUUUUAAGUUGUUUAAUUAAAAUGAUAUACAACAGGCAUUUUUUAUUUGUGAUUAUCUUGAUUGGUUGGGGAAAUAGUUGGGUGUGUGUCUAUUUUUCUAACAUCCCCCAUGUUCUUGCAGUGGCUGUAAAAUACCUGAUCAUCCAGGACCCACAGAGUAGUUUUUUAAGUGCCAGGGCUGCUGGCCUCCUCUUUUGAAUUAGGAGGGGAUGGGGGAGGGGUGGUGGACUCUACAUAUAUACCAAAAUUUCGUUUUUUUAAUUUCCAGUUAUAAGACCCUCCAUGGAGAAAUAUUUCAAAAGGAUAUAUUUCUUAGAACUUCUCAUGCCAACUACUCUAAUCUGCUCAGCUGUUGUUAUACAAGGAUCUUAAUGGUUGAUACGCUUGUCUUUUUCUGUUGCAGGCACCUAUCCUUAUUGCUACUGGCAUUGCAGUUUUGCUCCUGAUAAUUCUGUGGUUGAUCUGUAGACAUCGGUAAGCUGUUGCCUAAGUAACCAGUGGUUCUUAAGUAAAAAACUGAUAAAUGUUUAUGUGAACAAAAAAAUGGUAAGGUAGUUAUUACUUCAAUAUCCUACACUGUAUUAGGGUACUGGAAAUAAUCUUAGCAUUUUUUCAAUCUUUUGAAUACCAAAAAAAGUGCAUUAAAGGUUUACACUAGUGGAAGGUGAAGUUUGCCUGCAAAUAUUGUUGCAUGUUUGCAAAACUAUUUCAUUGAAGUUACAAUUUUGUUGGCCAGGAGCCAGAUUAUAAUGAUGAUUUAAUCCAAUUCUUUCUUCAAAGGAGACGAAAUCAGUUUAAUUACCUUGGUCUUGAGGCAGACAGAUCGUUGAUAAAGAAAUGGGAUGAGGAAAAAAGAAUACAAAAGAUGGCAGAAAGAGGUAAUUGGAGUAUAGCACUUUACAUGUAAUGGAAAUAUUCCAAGAGAACACAAAACUUUAGAUAUCAUAACUUGUGGGUUUUUGUUGGUAGUAGUUUGUGGCUUACUGCCUCUUAGAGGCAGAAGGCCACAAUGCUAUCGCGUUGAGUGAGGGUAACAAUAGAAUCUGAGUGCACAACGAACUCUGCCAAUUUCAAUCUGAUAUUCCGCAAUCUUAGCCCCUUUUCUGUUUCGGAUCAUCGUCGGUUGUUCAACGUUUGUUGAGGAUAGCUGCAAAUGGCCUCGAAUCUUACUCGGAACAAGACGCUAUGGAGCGUACACCUCGGCGUAAUGGUUGUGGAACUGAUUAAUUGUAAAUGCGGAGGAAUAGUAAGAAAUGAAAUAUUGUAAGAGUAAGGUGUUAAUUUGUGAAAUUAUGGGAUUUGUCAGGAUAUUCCGAAAAGAGCAACAUCCAAGAGGCCUACUUGCCAAAAACUAGCAUUUCGGGGCAAAUUGUCUCUGAGAUAUUAGCCCAGUUAUGCUCUGAUGACUCUAUACAAAUCCUUCUAAAAUUGACUUGGGUCUAAAUGUUUAGACCUAAGUCAAAUGUGAGGUUACUGGCGGUGAAUAUCAAGUCUAACAAAACAAAGAGUGAAAAAAGAGUUCUCUAUUUUUCUUACAUCAGGCUUCAAAAACAGCAUAGCAGUCUCAUGUACUGAUUAAUGAUAUGUAAGGCAUGGUAAGGAGUCAAUAGAGAGGAGAAGUGUGACGUCACGUUACCAUGGUAGCACUAUUUCUGGAUGAGAACAAAACCAACAACGACGGCGACGGCAAGGAGAACGGCAAAAAAAAUAUGUUUAUAUUAACAAACAACAACUUUGCACGUGCAUCACACUAUUUUGUACAUUUCUUUGUCGUCGUUGCACCACUACGACAAAAAACUUCCUAAUUUCACCCUUUAUGGAGUAGGUGAACAAAACAUUUAACUCAUCACCAAUAUAUGAGCUUGGGCAUUGGUGCCUACAAAGUUGGUGGAGCCGGGUAAUGCUCUAGCAUGAGGAGGAAGUAUCCAUUGCAACCCUGCGAGCGGCUCCCACCAGGCACCGUCACACUGAACAAUUCAAUGGAAUGCUUACUGACCAAUACUUACCUGGCCCAUACCUCAAGAGGGAGGGAGGGAUUGGAAAAAACCAAAGCACAAAAUGGCACGCAAACAGCAGGCUAUUGCAACAACACUUUGCGAAAAACUGCAAGCAAGCAACUGCGUAUAUAAGUCACGAGAUGCCCCUGCUAGAGGUAUCGGGCCACCCCUAGUAUAGCUGGGGAAACUGCUGACCAGCAUUGCUUCGAGGUUAUCUUUGCCUAAAUUACAUUUAUCCACAUCAAAAAUUGUCGCGUUCUUUUUUUAAACGAUAGAUUCGGCCCCAAAGAAAGUUUCACCAAGAGUUGCAAAAUUAAAUGAAAUUGAAUAAGAUCGGUGAAGUUUGAACUUUUAAGUGACUUUAUCGGUUGUUGUCAUCCAAAAAUUUUGUUACCAUGGCAACGUGACGUAACAACUUCUCUCAAUUGACCACUCCAGAAAAUACCAUAACAUACCAUAAUGCUCUUUGUUUGUCAGUCCAAAAUUUUGCAUAAGCAUUGUUUUCAGUUUCUCUUGGGGCCAUUUUAACUCCCAAGAGAAACUGAAGACAAUGCUUAUGCAAAAUUUUGGGGUGACAAACAAAGAGCAUUAUGGUAUGUUACGGUAUUUUCUAGAGUGGUCAAUUACGUUGAGCAUGGAAUUGGCUAAAACUCAAUGUUGCGAGUUCGAAUUUUUUUUAGGAUAAUUAUUCACUGACUAUCAGCACGCAGGGAUGUCGGAUUACCACAAUGAAGUUUAAUACCAAAGGAACAUAGUCUUUACAGAGCUUUAAAACACAGUAUCUGCCAACACAAAAUUGACUUGAACUUAAGUAAAACUAAAUAGCCUCUGCCUAUAAUAACAAACUCUCACUUAAACUUAAGAUAUCUUACGGCUUCCGCCAACUUGUAAACACAGAACUUGAAAAAAACUAAACUCAGCACUCCAGCUCAUGGGAAAAAACUUAGUUCGUCAAAAGAACUCGCUUGGAACUUGUAUACCGUUUGACAUAAGGUUCUAGAAAAUACUAAACAGGCGAAUAGUAGUAGCUUUUCGACAGAUUAAUUUUUAUGAUUUCAGUGAUGCAAAUCUGCUAGUCUGCGAAAACAUCCGUUUCUCCUCGCUCUUCGCCGCUGGGGACGUUUCGCGACGUUCCUCCUCGCGAAACGUCCCCAGCGGCGAAGAGCGAGGAGAAACGGAUGUUUUCGCAGGCUACAAAUCUACUGUCUCAUGCUGAAAUGUAGGGCGCUUUCCAUUCAACAAAAAUUCCGGUUUGAAAUUUCAGAAACUUCACGUGCUCAAUGGAACGGUACAUUCCGGUUGCACAGACCCGACCCAAGCCACCGCGCGUUUUGUUAUUGUGGCCUCGCAGCAGACUCAAAAUUACACUCUAAAAGAGAAGAGUAAAUACUGCUUAUAUCCUAAAGAACACUCCACUGUCCAAAAGGGACGGUGUAAAACUAAAGGCGGAGGAAUCCUAUUUCGCGUAGAAAGCCUAUGAAAGCAAGUGAAGGUAAAAAAUUCUCGUGAAUUGAAACGAUACGUUUCUCAGAAUAUUCGAACGAUUCGAAGCAAUUCCUAAAACUGUGCGGUAAAUAAAUUCGGUGUUUUGGCCAAAUUCGUAUUCAGCCAGGCUUUGUUGUAUUCAUUUCAGCUUAAUUGAUGAAUUGCUUUAGUUAAAUAUCGUGGACAGGUUUCAGACAAAUAAUACACUGAUUCUCACGGACUUUUUUCACCUACGUGUUGUGUCAGUUAUUUGACACUGACAAAUAUCAAAAAUCGAAAAAAAAUUGCAACUGAUUCAAACUAUUUGAGAUGUCAUAGCUUUGCUCACAGUACUUGACUUUCCAAUGGAAACUACUUGUUCUUGUACGCAGGAUACAAAAGAGCGGUACUGGGAACAACAAUUUUGGCAAAUGGAAAGGCACAUUUCGGUCCGACCGACCGAAAUGACCCGACCGGUCACUGAGGACCACCUUCAAAGCUGGUCCCGAAUAUUCCGGUCGGACCAGACCGAAAUGGUCCGUUCGAUUUGAUGAACCAACCGAAAUUUCCGGAAUUUUGGGUUGAAUGGAAAGCGCCCGUAAACAUGCCCUAAUUAAUUUUUCAUGAAUAAUUCAAAAAUGUUGAGAACGUUCGAGAAAGUUCACGCAGCGCAUGAAAGCAGCUUUAAUAUGUAACACUCAACAAAGACAAAACGUCUGUGUGCAGCAUUUUUUAACUUUAAAUUCAUCAUAAAACAGUUCGAAAGGAGCGCUCACUCGUGAAAUGUUUUUCGACACGCGAAGAGAAGAAAUAUCCUCUAUGUAUUCCUCUAGUAAGUUAAAGACUAAACUCGAAGAGAUCUCAAGAUAUCACGAAGUAGUCCGGUCUCAUUUCGUGAAAUAGCCGAAACGAGCCGAAAAGUCACGAACUUGCGCACCCAAUCUUGUCCCGAAACUAGUGCACAAUUUCAUAGUUAAUUUUCAUAUCCCCAACCACCUUGGGUCGCAGUCGGCUAAUCCCUCAACUUAGAGUCUCUUCUGAUCUGACGGGUCACACAGGUGAGUCGGUUCAAACCCCGGGAAAGACAAAAUAAUAAUUCUUUCUUCCUCGAAAAAGUUAAAGAAUAAAUCAAAGAAAUCGAAGUGAUCUCGAGAUAUCUCGAACUAAGGCCCGGUUCAGACGCCGUACUUUUCAUGAGCCGAACCUAAUACAUUGAAUUAAGUACAUCAAAAGUUCGGCGUCUGAAUCAAUUAGGAACGCCUGUUUCAAUUUGGAACGGCUCAGCCGUUCUUUUCGCCUAGCCCGGGCGGGAAUUUCGCCUUUGGAUCGACUUUGGAACGCCUUUGAUUCAGACGCCGAACUUUUCAUGUCCCGAACCAAAUGCAGAAAUUCUUAUGACGUAUUUUGUAAGCAGUUUGACCGAAAUGCGCAUUUUUCGCCUUCUGAAUUUAGUUCGGCUGGAAUUAAGAUCGGCGUCUGAAUCACUUUAGCCGGUCUAAAUAAUUUGGGUCGGCCUUAAUUCGAAUUAGGUUCGGCUCACGAAAAGUUCGGCGUCUGAACCGGGCCUAAGGCCCGGUUCAGACGCCGCUCCACUCACUCCACUCCGAACCUAACUGAUGAAUUAAGUACGGCAAAAGAGCGGCGUCUGAAUCAAUUUGGUACGGCAGUUUUAGUUUGGUGCGGCAUAAGCGUUAAGUUCGACUGAGUCUGUCGAACGUUUGUCAAACUUAACUUAGAUUCGACACACGGUACGCCGUCGGAAUCAGAUGUCGCGCCAGUGUCGCUCCAAAGUCGAACUUAUUCAGUUUGGUUCGGCACAUGAAAAGUACAGCGUCUGAACCAGGCCUAAUUCAGCUCUCACUUCGUCAAAUAGAAUAAAACCGAAAACCUUCAGACUUUGCAUGUCCAAUCUUCUCAAAAAAAGUCAACUUUGAUACAUUCCUGAGCGUCGCGAAUCCUUUACUUUACACGAGAAAUCCUCGAUUUGCCAUGUGCUCUCAAAGCUGCCAAGUUGUUUGACGCCGUGGACUGGAAGGUGAGUUCUUUUUUCGUAAUGAGUUUUGCGCAGCUGUCUUUGUAUUUACGGAGAUCUUGUUAGCAAAAAAGCCAGUUUCCAAUUUUCCAGAACAUGUAUGACUCCAUCGAAGCCCGAUCAAGUGUUUUGUGCAGCUGAACUUCUUUGCCGUGUGGCGAUCUGAGAACGAUAUCAAGAGUCAUUCCUCUGUUGGGCAUGUUCUAAAGUAGUAACUGGAAGAGUAAGAAAUUGAGAGCCAUCCAGAGUACAGUACCAUUAAAAGAAGUUAUACAGUCACUCAAAUUUAGAAAACUAAGACAGGAGCGUAAGAAAAUGCUUCAAAAACGUUUCCUGUUUUACUUAGUAUUGCUGCAAAUUAUAAACUCUGGAAAACAAGAUUUAUCUGGAGAGAAGAUAGUUUCUAUAGCUACUACUUUAAGUCAACAAGAAGUCAAAAACAAUAUAUAAUUCAUCUGAAUGAAGCCAUUGGUAUUCCUUUAGCUUACUGUUAUGCUUAUAGCUUUGCCACGUUUUUGUGCGAGAUCGUAGAUCACAGCCUUACAGUUUGACCUCUUUGGGCUUUUAUUCUUUUCAUCUCUUGUUUCGUAUCAUUUGACUCUUGACACGAGUCACGUGCUAUUUUUCACGCUUGUUCUUAGCAUGUUUGUUUAGUUUUUACAUUUUAGUGUAGUUUACUCUCCUAGUAGCAUUGUUUAGCCGUGUUAGUAAUUUUUAGCCUCGUUGUUUCGUUUCAGCGCUAUUUCCGUGUCUUACAUUUAAUGCAAACCUUUAAGUAUGAAAUACAGAAUAUUGUUACAAACAUCUCAAAUAAAAACAAUUACAUUGCAUUUAUCUGAACUUUUUGUUUUUUUCUGACUUACCGUUUGGACUGGUACCUAAGCGGGACGUGUACCCCAGUAACACUAUGUCACACUUGCAGACUGCAUACCCAUAGUUUUGUUGCUAUUUUGUUCUACUCUGGUUUCCUUGCAUUAUGAUUUAGCUUAGUAUGAAGUUUGCAAAUGUCAGAUGUCGUCCCUUAUUUAGGUGAAGCUAUACAGUAAGCCACGUGAAGUCAUAGACUGCCUAUUUUUGCUCUUCCUCUUGGCAGAUGCAGUGCUGCUCAAUUGUUAUUAUUACCUGAAGGAUUCCAAAACAUACGGUUUUAUAGACCAUUUACCAGAUAUAGGUAAGACGCAAAAAUUUCUUGACAAGCAGCGUUUGUGUUAUUCAAAUUUGUGACAAGGUAUAUAUUGUAAACAAAAGAACCUGUUGUUACAAGGACCAAUGUACAUCUCGAUAUCAAUAGGUGACAUUAGCAUGAGUCUUGCUAUAAUACUAUGAAAAGCUCAUUUUGCAAUUAAACCUUCAAGUAAAAAUUAGAUUUAGUUUGGAGAGAGAAUGAGUUAGAAACUGUACCAUGCGGAUUCAGCUUGGUAUAAUCAUUAUUAUUUAUUUAAGGGCGCUUAUGUGUUAUAUACAAGCAGAUAGCAAUGUUAGUUUGAUAUUCCUCCUGAGAUCUUCCAUCAGUUUUUCUUUCUCAGGGAUGGCAGCAUAAAUCUGCCAUUUUCCAUGAUUGUGUUUUUAGAUGAUGGGAAAGCAAGAAAUUAUCUGCGCUCCUUCAACAGACAGUUUAAGAUACCAUCAGGGUUGCAAGCCCUUAAUUAAUAUUGUAAUUCCCAGCUAUAUCUACAUUGUAUCUUGAUUCACCAAAAGUGCAAGAGACUUAACCAGGUGAUCGUGAAUAGAAUCAUUGUUGGACUCUUAUGAGAAGUAAAUGUAUACCAUGACGGUGAAGUGUAGUAAAAUAAUGGUCUAUUUUUUUUUUUGCAGGGAGUCGUAUUAACAAACAGUGGUUUCUUGUGCGUGAUAGUCAACAAGGGAUAGACGCAGUUUUAACUAUGGUACCGUGGAAUACACAGUGUGUAAUUUCCUUCACCAAAUCAACAAAGAAAACUUUGAAAGAGCUGUUUUCCCUCUUGCAGGUUUGUUCACUUUACAUGUCACUUGUAUUUAUUGAUAAUCAGAGGGUUACAUUAAUGUAAAUUUGCAAGUGAGUGUACAUGUGACUAAAGACCCUUUAACUGGAUCGGUCCCCAACCCUAAUCAUCAACCAUGCUCUUACUUGCAACCACACCUGUACCUGCUAUUUUAGCCCAGUGACUGAUUAUCUGUUGAAGUGCCAGUACCUAAAUAAUAGUUACAUGGUGUCUUCCAUGUACAGCUGUAACUUAGUGUAUCUUUGUAAGCAUAAUGGUGUGGUGAAGAUAAACGAUGUUGAUAGCAGUAAAGGGAAGCUUUGUUACUGAUUAUGAUAACAAACAACAUGGACAGAAAUUUUUAAGAUGGCAUUGAUAGUGGUAAAACGGUUAUUUAGGGUGUUGUUCAGGUAAUCAAAGGUAAAAGGUGUUGAAGACUGAACAGUAAUAGUCCCUCUAAAUCCAUGUUUAAUUUUUUCCGCAGCACCCCUACUUAUUUCCCGUUAUGGAUGUGGACUUUGUAUUUGAGCAUAACAUGGUAAUGUUCAUACAUCCAUACCGGUCAGCAGGAUCAUUGAAGGACAUCAUUUAUGGGGUAAGAUGGACAUUGUCUUAAUAUAUAGCUGAUCUCUAUUGUUUCGUCUUUAUUUUUGUCUUUUUUCAGCCCUUGUCAGUCUGGUUCUUGACUCCUACGCAUAUAUGCGGCUAUUCUUUAUGUUUUCUCAUGGACUGCAUGGCAGGCAUUAGAAAGGGAAUGGAACAGGGGAAAUUUUUUGGGUGUGUUCUCGAUGGGUGCAUGAGGAUUGAGGGAAGGGAUAUUGUUUUGGUCUCUUCCUUACCCUUUAGGCCUUGAUAUGAACAUGAUUGUUCUCGUCAUUGUUCUCCCUACAUUUCUUAACGAAUUGUUUAGGAGAAUUUGUUUAUACUCCUGGCCCAGUUCCUAGAAAGAUGGUUAAGUUUAAACCAAGAUUAAGCCAAAUUGUAAUCACAGUUUUCUCGUCUAAGAACACACAACUCAAGUGUACAAACUACUAUUGGGCCUUUACUCUAAGAUACAGUAAUGAUAAAACAAAAUGUUACUCUAAGAAAUGGAUACAUGUAGGAAGGUAAAUACAAAACAGGGAACAAAAUGUUUAUCCUGGUCUGGAUAAUCAACGUUUCAAGAACCGGGCCCUGGUCACUACUGAAACUUUAGGGGUUAAUUCGGCCUUCUUCUUUAAACGCUCGCCAUGCGAAAGAAUGGCUGCGUUGAAGACCUCUUCCACUUUGUCAAAAAUAGAAAGUUAAAGGUCACACCUUGUUUAACUUGGUAACAAAGGUCAGCUAAUUGAUAAAAAAUUGUUUUAGUCACGUCCACAGUCGUCAUGGCAACAAAAGUACCAAGAAAAAGGAAAAUCAUUAUCACUAACACAAAUCCGAAACUAUGGACGACAAGUCUUAGAGGUAUUAACAAUAUUAAAUGUUAAGGUUUACUCUUUGUGGAGUGUACAUGACAUAUGUUUUCCUUUUUCUCUUUAUGUUUGUGUUAUUUACCUCAUGGUGUUUAAUGGUAUUUUUUCAGGCGUUGUUAUACUUAAGAGAUAAAGGCCUCCCAGUAUGUGAUCAUCUACAUUCUGGAAACGUAUUUAUCGUUAAUGGAACUUCUAAGUAAGUGUAUUUGAAUUUUAUAUAUUGCAAUGGUUUAUCUUGAUCACCUAUAGUUCGUAAGUUCUUUUUCUUGCCGUAUUUAUUAUAAAUUGUACUGGUUACUAGACUUAGCGCACACUAUCCUCUCCUCCUUGUCCUCCAUUAAUAUUUCCUCUUUCCUCCAUUUCCACCGCGAUGUUUUGCCGCCAACUGUAACCUACCGUAACGUUUUAUGGUUACAGCAGGUAACAGGAUCGAUCUGUGUAUUAUCGGUCCUACAUCGGCCUGACCUCACAUUAUCCCCAAAUUCACCCGUCGUCAGCCUGACAUCGACUUCACAUAGUUAUCUCAUCACAAACUAGAGAAAGAAGCAAGCUAGAUGACUUAACGCCAUGCUACGGAAAACGUUUCUGUCAAUUCCUUUAUUAAUUAUUAUUGGAGAGUAAUUAUUAUUGGAGAGCGCUGGCGGCCAGGAACAGAUCCGCCACACCAACAACCAAUAAUGCCGUUGUUUCUGUGGAAAGUUUGGCUGCGUAUUACGCAAGCAUAAAAGAAGUUUUUUACGAGUCACAAGAGACCGUUGUAAGCCGUUUCCGACGUUCCAAACUGCAUGAAAUGAUCAUCCAUUCUAACGUCUGGAGUAACAUACAGAAGCAUCUGUAAACAGGCUGCGAACAGUGCGAGUUUGUUUGCUAUGCAAAACUGAUUUAGUUUAAUUAACCACUUUGAUGAAGCAAAUUAAUUUACCACCGUUAAGUUAUCCAAGAGUUUGCGUGUUCAAUGUCCGCUGUUACUCUGUAUGGUGGAAAAUUUAUUUCAUCAGUGUAGUUGAUAAGACUGAAUAUAUGUAUUUCACUCGCCAACGGACGCAACACCACAAUUUCUUUAGAAACUAAACCAGGCAAGAUUAUGCUUCAUACCACCAUCAUCUACCAGUUAGUGUAUGCUGGUUAUGUGAGCACCCUGCAAAUCUUAGUCUUGUUGUUGAGAUUGGUUGUAAUGUUGUUAAAGGGACUAAUCUGAGUGAAGCGAAAAAAUAACUGCUCAAAACAUGAGAAGAAGGUAUAAACAUAAGAAAGUAAAAAGGAGGAACGUGAAGAAGAUUGAAAACGGACUGCAACUGUGGUUUUGAAAACUUGUUUUUUUUGGUGUUGUUUGUAACGUUUGUUGUAACAUUUAGGAGACAUUUGGUUGAAGCGAAGCUGUGAUCAACAGCAUGAACUAUACAACCCUCACAACGCCAGCCCUUAAACGACUUAGACAAUGCUCAUACUCAAUGUACAUGUAUCAAUGGUCUGCGUUUUGGUAAAAGACCUUCAUUAACUACUUUAUCCUGUUUAGACUUUCAGCUUUUGAAAACAGCUUACUUGGUUGGAAAUCAAGGCUCGAUCCUUUGCUAAAGAAGCUAUGUAAAGAUAGCCAUAGUCACAUUGAUGUUAUUCAGUUUGGUAAGAACUUGCUCCUUGACUACGAUAAAGUAACAGGCUCUUCUCCAGCCUCAUGAGAGCACAGUAGUGAAAGUAGUGACUGGAAACAACACGUGCUACUUUGAAAUGAAAACGAGUGACAUUUCGUUUGUAAGCAUUUCAAAAGUUCAGUACGUCAGAAUUGCUCCUGUGCCUCUCUGCCUACUCCUCGUACACACACCCACAUCACACAAACGAACAUUUGCUAUACAGAAAAAUUGGUGAAUCCCCCCGUUACUUUGGGAACUUAAUAGUAAAUGACUUUUGGAAGUUCAUAAGAAAAUACGUUAUACAUAACAAAAUACGUUAUACAAAAUACAUUAUGGUGAAAAAAAAACAUUCUUUAGCGCUCACAGAUCCGAGUAUUACUAGCGCAAGUCGCUUGUAUGAUAGAUUUCCCCGGGAGCGGACGGGGGGCGGGGGGGGGGCACUCAAGGGAAGUUUGAGUAGAGCUGUGCCUCCGAGGCGAAAUCGUUCAUUUCGCUACCCAGUUUAAGACCUUAUUUCACGACCCUGAAUUAUUUCGUUUGGCAUACAGAACUGAGUAUUUUUUUUUAAUACUUACAUCAAGGAGUUAGAUUUUUUGAAGGAAAUUGUUGGUUCCACACAUGUGGCCCGCUCAUCGCCAACCUUCACACUCUUUUUAAGAUUUCGGGUCCGAAAAAACACCCUUUUCAACACACUAAGAGUGAAAUUGUAUACCCUGUUAAAGAAUUAACACCCUAUACAGCAGCAGCACAUACCCUUUUAGGCCAAAUAGGAAUGUCCCCACCGGCAGAUUUACGCUCGUACGAUGCUUAAUCAAGUUGGUCAAUAUUCUUAGUUUUUUAAAAUACUACAAUCGGCGACAAAAUUGUUGAGACAUUGUACUUAAAUAGGGUAAUUUCGGAGAACAAAGGCAUCCGCACCCCUCCCCUGUCCCCUCCAUUCAAAGUUGGGGUGUUUGUUGCUUUCUACAGGUAGCUAGAACAAGGCACAACAUUGCACGGAGGGGAUGGGGGAGGAAAGCUAAAUUUCCUCCCUUUGAAGUUAAUAAAACGUAGAAAAGCCCAGUUUUGGGCGAAGUGUCUCAACUCAUUUUGUCGCCGAUUGUAGUUUUCAGAAAUAUCACGUAUUAAAGAAGGCUCCCCACCUCACAACCUUAACAUAUUAAUUAAUUAUAGAAUGAAAUGUUCUACGUUUUUUUACAUUAGGUCACCUAUUAUAUGAGAUGUUGGCUGGCUAUGAAUUAACCACAGCCGAACCAAAGAAAGAGAAAUUAGUAAAUUUUAAAAAUACACCAGUUGUGGAGGUGUGUGAUAUUCUGAUUUGUGCCGCUUUCCUGUGCUUUCUGCUGUACUUUAUUUUUUGCAAAAUGUAUUUAAUGUGCUGUUAUAUGGGUCAUCUUUGCAGGUGAUAAAUUUCAUCUUUUUCCCUGAAAGUGAAAUAUAUCCAUCUUUAGAUGAGGUAAAUUUGUUUUUAUGAUUCCGUUAAAGUGUUAUUGUUGCCAAUGUAGUAAAGUAUGGCGUAUUUCACAAUCAUUAAUGAGCAAUUUUUAUAUUUGAAGACCACGAAGAUUUACGGGAGUCAUUUUGGUGUACCAGAAAAAUUUUGUGGGAAUUGAACUCUUUUCUCCUGCAAAAAAUUUCUCUUUUUGCUGGAACUUUGCAUGGGAGGUAGCACGUGCAUUUUGAGCAAUCCAUACCCGAAAUAUGGCUUUAAUGAGUUGCGUUUAUUUCUUGGCAAUAACUGUUUUCUUUUUUUGUACAAAACCGAUCAAGACCAUUUUCAGUGAGAAGCUCCUCCUUCUUGUCUUAUUAGUUUUAUCAUCAUCAUCAUCAUCACAAUUAUUAUUAUCAUUAAAAGAUGGCAUUUAGAAGGCUAAAUGGCGUGGUAAUACCAGAUCUUCUUUCAUUCCGAGAUGCAACAGCAGAUUCAUGAGCUGAGACUCGUAAGCCUUUCGGGGAUCAGCUCUUUGGAAUUUAGUUAAUUGUAAUGAUAAAAUAGAUAUUCUAAAUUUUUAGGAAAUCAAAAGAUCAAGACUACUCACUACUAAGGAUUAUAUAAUAAACUUUCUCUUCGACAGCACAACAGCAUCUACAACUCGACAUAGAGAUUGAAAUUACGUAUACUUUUAGAAAUUUAAGUUAAUAUUUUAAGGUCUCAGAUAAAUAGUUUGUUUUUAGCUUCGUCAUUUGUUAUCUUAUAUGUGUAUUAUUUAUUUCAAUUAAUGUAUUCUAGUUAGUAGUUUACACGACCCCACAAGCUUUCCAGCUUUUAUUCUUAUCGUGUCAAAAUGAAGGUUUAAUGUUAUGUUCUAUUAUCUUUAAGGUAACUCGACCCAGUUAUUUUGUGAGGGUACAUCCUACUUUGUAGCUCUCUGGUAUCCCCACCUUUACUUUGAUCGUAAGUCUAACAUAUAGCAUGGAUAACAAAUAGAUCAAUCUACAAUAUAGCAUAAAAUUUUUGGCGAUCGGAGUAAAUGUCACGUGGUUAUAGUGCUACGCCUCUUUGGGGUCUGAGUCGAAAUUCUGCUGUUGCCGGCAUUUUUUCCUGAAAAUCUCUCGGCUACAUAUAGUGCGUAUUAGUGCUUUGCCUUUCACCCAAAUCGCAAAGACCCAACGCGAGAAAUUCAGCGGUUUCCAAAUUUCUAUAGGUAGUACCAUGCUUUGUAGUGAUAUUUGGCAUAAAUACCACGAGUGAUAUUUCGAAAUUGUUAUACGUAAUUUCACGAGCCGUUAGGCGAGUGAAAUUUGAGACAAUUUUGAAAUAUCACUAGUGGUAUUUAUGCCAAAUAUCACGUACAAAUCAUGCUAUUAUUUGUUUAUACUACUACCCGCAAAAGGUUUGUAAUUUUCACAUGUAGGUAUUUCAAAUUAAGCUGAAAUACCACUGCUCUAAGCCAAUCAAAUUGCAGAAAUUUCUCAUUAGUAGUAUAAAGGUCAUAAUUUAUGCAAAAAUGAAAAGCCAACUUUACACGAUUAUAUCUAUUAAACUAAGAGAUUUAUCCCUUUAUUUUGGGGAUCUUUAUAACAGAUGAGUCCUUGCAAGUCAGCAAAAAACUUUAGGGCCUUGUAAAUGCGCGCGAUUUGGAGCAAUGAAAGCAUAUACAAAUUAUAGUUUUACCUAGUUGUUGACGUUUGUCAGCGUUUAAGAGUCCUUCUCACGAAAAAAGCAUUUUCUUAAAAAUUCGUAGUUUUUUUUCCUUCAAAUUUUUUCAGGGCCACAAUUGAUUAACUGACUACCCGAGUUCCGAGUGUCAUGAUCAUUGAAAAACUGUGACAUUAUCUUCUAUAAGCCCAAACUUGAGUAAACAUUGAAGAUUUUUAGCGUUUUGGUUGAGUUUGUGCUUUGGGAGUUUUCAAUUGUUUCUAGUCUGUCAUGAUACAACAUUCUUGUUCAGCACGCGUGCAAUGACCGCGCUUGGCUGACUUCCGAAUGUUCACCGAGAUAUGAUAAUUUUGUAUGAGAAAAUAAAAGGGAUUCCCGUCACGUAACGUCUAAGACAUGAACGCGCUCAGCGCUUUGUAUACUGCAGGAGGUACAAGGGCUUUGCUAACAAUUUUAGCAUUACCUCUAAGCAAGACGAGGAAGAUUCUAGAGCGAAACCAAGAGUCACAAAAAACUGACUGUGCUUACAAGUGUAAUUAAUUUUUUCACUACCAGAUAAAAGGAUAAGUAACGAGUUGGUUUAAUUAUUGGCUUGCAUUAAGCCUAUGUAAAAAUCAAAUUUUUUAAUAGCAAGUAGAUUUAGUGUGUAGCAUUUCUUGAUUUUUUUGAAAGGCACAAGAAGCACGAGAAUUGAUUAAAAAUCGUGAGUCAAACCUCUUUGUAUCACGCCAUCGCCUGUCUCACCGUACCAAAAUUAUGCGUGCUGAACAAGAAUGCUGUAUCAUCACAGACUAGAAACAAUAGAAAACUCCCAAAGCACAAACUCAGCCAAAACGCUAAAAAUCUUCAUUGUUUACUCACGUUUGGGCUUAUAGAAGAUAGUGUCACAGUUUUUCAAUCAUCAUGAAAUUCAGAAUCCGGGUAGUUAGUUAAUCAAUUGUGGCCCUGAAAAAAUUUGAAGGAAAAAAAACUACGAAUUUUUAAGAAAAUGCUUUUUUCGUGAAAAGGACUCUUAAACGCUGACAAACGUCAACAACUAGCUAAAGCUAUAAUUUGUAUAGAGUGUUUUCACAUGACGUCACGACGGCCAUGUGGGUGUCCCAAACCAAUCCUCUGGGAGUUGAACUCUUUUCUUAUGCGAACGCUUCUUUUGUUCCAAUAAAUUUGCAUAGAUGCUGGCCACGUGAGUGAAAACACUCUAUAUGUUUGCAUUGCUCGAAAUAGCGCGCAUUUACAAGGCCCUAAAGUUUUUUGCUGACUUGCCAGGACCCAUCUGUUAUAAAGAUCCCCAAAAUAAAGGGAUAAGUCUCAUAGUUUAUUAGAUAUAAUCGUGUAAAGUUGGCUUUUCAUUUUCGCAUAAAUUAUGACCUAAAUUUGGAAACCGCUGAAUUUCUCGCGUUGAGUCUUUGCGAUUUUGGUGAAAGUCUGUUCAACGCAAAGCACUAAUACGCACUAUAUGUAGCCGAGAGAUUUUCAGGAAAAAAUGCCGGCAACAGCAGAAUUUCGACUCAGGCCCCAAAGAGGCGUGGCACUAUAACCACGUGACAUUUACUCUGAUCGCCAAAAAUUUUAUGCUAUAUUGUAGAUUGAUCUAUUUGUUAUCCAUGCUAUAUGUUAGACUUACGAUCAAAGUAAAGGUGGGGAUACCAGAGAGCUACAAAGUAGGAUGGUACCCUCACAAAAUAACUGGGUGGAGUCACCUUAAAGUCUGUGAAAGAAUGAAAGGAUAUAUAAUUAAAUUCACGCUGCAGUGAUUUUAUUCUUACUUAAGAAGCCUUGGUACUGAUUGUGGUUUCUUGUUAAUUCCCAUCUGGUACAUACUGUAUGUCUUAUGCCUUUAAUUAUUAUUGUUUUUUGUGGUUUUCUUUGUUUUCAGCUUGUGAGUCACCCUUUUUUCAAAGGUGGUGAUAUUAGUGGGCUGCAAAAGUAUAACCCUGGUCCGGUAAGUAUAAAUUCAAGAAUAUCACACGUCCUUGCUGUUCUUUGGCUGAUUAAUGUAUUUAAGUUAUUGACAAUGUUUCUGCUUGUUAUCCGUCAGGUCCGUUUUGGUUCAAAUGUAAAGCAGCUUCUCAGACUUUACAGAGAUCGAAAAGAUGAUAUUAUAAGGUAAUUAUAUCGUGUUUUUUAUUAUUACAACUAACUGGUAGUCCUCUAUCGCGCGCGAGGUAUUUGCCGUUUAAAACCAUCUUCGUUGCUUGCUUGUGGGACGGUUAUAGAAAGGUAACCGUCGUAAGUGACGUUGACUGACCAAAAAUUUAACGAGGAUUUUAACCUUUGUUUUUAACCUACAUGUAGGCUACUCUUAUCAUUUUACAACCAAUUAGUAUUUGCAAUACAGGAUCCUUUUGGUCGCGGCUUGUGGCUUGUAUGGCUGUAAUCUUUCGUAAUUCUAAAACAGUGUUUUUUUUUGUAAUUUAAAGAAAAAGAAGACCCUCCACAAAGAAGGCAAAACCAGAGGAAAGCGCAGCUGUUCCAAAAGAAAGAAAGCUUUCCAAGUUAGUUUCUUCAGCUUGGUUAUUAACGACGAAUAUUAUCCUUGGAUUAAGCUAACUCUGUCUGUCUGUCUGUCUGUCUGAGGGGCUGUUUACAUGGAGAGAGGAAGGCCCUGUUACCAGGAAGUUCCUAGAAGGUGGAACAACUUUACGAUGGGUUUACACGCAGAAAUUUCGGUCCGUGUGGUGCCCAAAUAUAGAAGGUUCGAAAAGGAAUUAAAAAUGGCGUUAACAACUAUCUUUCAGCAGAAUUAUCAGAAUAAUCAGCUCGUGGUAACGCCCAGCGAAAUGGUGGGCCUUUAUUGCCGUGAUUAACUGAACGAUAGUACUAGGACCUUCCGGGCGAAGGCAGUUUACGUGGUGCUAGGAUCUUCCCAGUGCUAGGAUCGUCCUACCUGUCACCUAGGAAGAUCCUAGCUCUAGGAACAAGUACAACACUUUGCAUGUAACGACGAUACAGGAAACAUAUCGUGCCAGGAUGAUCCUCAGUCUAGCUUCUUCCUGGUACUAGGAUCUUCCUCCCUCCUUGUAAACAGCCCCUGUCUCUGUAUGUAUGUGUGUACGUACGUACGUAUGUAUGUAUGUAUGUAUGUAUGUCUAUCUUUUGAUUUCGAGGGAAUCUGAAAGUUUUCUGUCUCUGUCAUUAUUGGGCAGUUCGUCUGUUUAGCUGUUACUUCUUUCAUAGGCUUAAAGGCUAGGGAGACGAGGGGUGGCAACCCCCUAGUCAGUCGAACUUUUCGGGCGACAGGCGUUGGAAGAAAAUUGGAUAGAUGAGAAUUCUUUGGCUGAGUAUACCCUAACUAAGAGGGAGCCAAACGUUCGGACUUGGCGACUCCCAUCUAGAUAACUAAUCUUAGGUGAAACAAAUAAAGAGAUAUCGAAGAAAGUGAGUCAGUGAUGAUUUAGCGCGUUUCGUGGCGUUACUAUCGUUGAUGGCACCCAGCUGUACUCUGAACCUGUAAUAGCUUUGACCUCCUGUUGGUAUAGAAACGUCUCUUCAGUCAAGAAAGCGCAUUUGAGGGAUCGCAUGGAAGGCUUCAAGAGUUAUUGAAGUUAUGUGUGCAUGAAAAUGGCCUCUGUGAAGUGUCUCUUGGGUUCUCGAAGGUUUAGUUAAUUCUUGUCAGAUGCUAGCUACCGUACAUGUUGCUUUUAAUGACGUAUUUGCAGAGCAUGAUGGAGCAGAGUAGACUAACCCGUCUUGCAAUUAUCAUUAGUCAUUGACCGAAGCCCAUUUUUUUCUUAUCUAUGCGAUUUCAUUGUGUUUUUACCUCGACGAUUUCAAAACUCCACAUUCGGGCAGCACUUAAUUUUUUGGGCCAGAGGGUCACCGCCCCUUCGGAUCCCAAGUCCAAAGGUGCCCGCACGCCUAUGACGUCUUCUGUGAAUCAUUCAAGAACCAGUUUCUUAGUUGUUUGCUUUGUCUCGUUUUAUACGUUUCAAACAACAUAUAUUUUCUUUUUAGAUCAAAAGGCAAAAGACUUCCCAUCGACAAAGCAGAAAUCGUUCCAGCAGUUCAGUUUUCCUCCAAAGCGUCAUCUCUUCCCAAAUCCCCACCCCCUCCGCCUAAGCAACCUCCGCCACCACCUCAGUUAAAACGUCCACCUUCGUCUGGGAGUGUUCCAUCGAAGCCUCCAAGUGUUCCAGGCCGAGCAGGAUUAUUAAGUCAGAUCCAGAAAGGAACCAAGCUUAAAAGAGCGGCAACAAAUGACAGAAGUGCACCUCGUGUUUGAAAACGCUUCAAGAAAUUAAUAUGUUGUAUGACAUUAGCUGAUUUCACAGUAGAGCUAAUUCAGUGAUAAAAACUUGCAACAUAAAAGAAAACUUUAUUGCUAUUUUUAACGCAGCGUACUAUAAAAAAAUCCUAGCUUGACAAUAUAACUUUUGACAAAUCUCUUUGAUAACCAAUGCAAAUAUUCGAUAUUGAACGAUCUGGU